AUGGACGACAAGAAUGUAGAACUGGGCGUGAUCGCUAGGUCGUCGUCUUCUGAUGAGAUACCUCAUGCCGGGUCGAAAGGCAAUACGAGCAGAGAUGAUCGAGAAAUGGCAUAUUUUGGAAAACGCCAGCAAUUGAAGCGUAAUUUUGGCUUCUUGUCGAUUGCGGGUUUCGUCUGCAGUUUGCUUUCGACAUGGGAAGGAAUGUUCGCGGUCUUCCUUUACGGAUUCCAAAACGGUGGACCGGCAGGAUUAGUUUACGGCUACAUCUUCUGUUUCUUUGGUACAUUAUGUACGGUCGCCAGUUUGGCAGAGAUGUCCUCCAUGAUGCCCUUGAGCGGCGGCCAAUAUCACUGGGUGUCGAUUCUCGCCCCUAAGUCCCACGCAAAGUUCCUCUCAUACAUGACAGGCUGGCUUACGGUCAUUGGCUGGCAAGCAGGCCAAGCAAGUGUUGCUUUCCUCUGCGCAACUUUAGUCCAGGCUUUGGUGAUAUUAAAUCAUCCAACAUACGUCCCUGAGCGAUGGCAGGCAACUUUAAUAUUCUACGCGGUUCUAGCUGUUGUUUUGUUUGUCAAUACGUAUUUGGCUCGCUGGUUGCCAAAGAUUGAAGGAUUGGUUCUUUGCAUCCAUAUACUUGGGUUCUUUGGUGUUCUUAUUCCUCUAGUCUACCUUGCAUCUCAUGGAAAGGCAAGUGAUGUCUUUGCUACGUUUGUCAACGGUGGCGGUUGGUCCACAGAUGGAAUAUCAUUCUUUAUUGGCCUAAUUACAAGUGUUUUCUCCUUUCUUGGAGCCGAUUCUGCUUGCCAUAUGAGUGAAGAAAUUCACAAUGCCUCUACCGUCGUGCCUUGGGCAAUGAUCACCACGAUUCUUUUGAAUGGUGCUUUAGGUUUCGCACUGCUUAUAGCCCUUCUCUUCUGUCUCGGAGAUAUCAAUGACGCUCUUACUUCUCCUACCGGCUUCCCGUUCAUUGAGAUAUUUAGGCAAGCCACUAAUAGUAACUCUGCUGCAACUGGAAUGACAUGUAUCAUUGUGAUAAUCAUGUUUGCCGCGGCUAUUGGUAUUAUGGCAACUGCCUCACGUUUAUUGUGGGCUUUCGCGAGAGACCAUGGAGUACCAGGUAGCGCAUAUCUGUCUCGUGUGCACGAACCAACAGCACUACCAUUAUACUCUAUUCUAGUCAGUGCCAUUAUUUCACUCUUAUUGGCACUCAUAAAUAUUGGAAGCACUGCCGCAUUCAACUCGAUCGUCUCCGUUAAUGUUGCGGCAUUCUUUACCUCCUACAUGAUACCUAUCGUCCUGAUCCUCAAAAAACGUCUUCGCAGAGAUCCAAUAAAAGAUAAGAUACAUUGGGGACCGUGGAGAAUGGGUCCAAUUCUUGGUCCAAUUGUCAAUGUUGCCGGAUUGAUUUAUUCGAUGAUCACCAUGUUUUUCAGCUUCUGGCCAAAUACACAAGUCGUUACUCCAGUUACCAUGAAUUGGUCCUGUGUUAUUUUUGCUGCUGCUAUCAUUUACAGCGUGGUGUUCUACAUGAUUUGGGGUAAACACUCUUACAAGUGGCCAAUAGUCGAUCCUAUAAGAAGGCAGCAGUAG